CCAAAAAUUACAUCAUGGAACCAAACACGACUAAUACAGCACAAGCUCUCUGUGAAGUCCCAGUUAAUUAUGUUUUCAUAUUUGCAUACUCACUAGUGUUUCUUGUCAGUCUGGUGUUGAACUGCAUCACAAUGCGUGUGUAUUUCUGCACUAAUCAGCGUGUCCAGUCCAGCAUCACGGUCUACAUGAAGAACCUUGCCGCAGCUGACUUCUUUCUUUGCCUUUGUUUACUUUUACGCAUUGCUUCCUAUGCCAACAAUUCAGACGUAUUGUUCAAUAUUUACUGCAGCUUUGGAGCAACAGCCUUGUAUAUAAACAUGUAUGCAAGCAUUCUCUUCAUGGAAGUUAUUGCUGUAAACAGGUACCUGAAGAUUGUUCGGCCACUGGAGACUCAUGCUCUGCAGACAGUUCAUACCGCCCGCUACAUUUCUGCAGCUAUUUGGCUCUUCUUGAUAGCCACAUCUUCCAUCUACUUAAUCCUCUUUCUCCUGACCUCCUGGGGUCAUGAUCAAAAGCUUGAUGAAUUUACCUGUGAAUCUCUGCACAGUCUCCAGCUCAGUUUGGCCUACAAAAUCAUCCAUUGUGUGACCAUUGUGGUCUUCAUUUCAGUCCUAAUAUCUCUGACUCUUCUAUACUGUAAGACUCUUCAAAAGCUCAGACAAGUUCAAUUCUCUACACACACCACAAAUAGUACCCAAACAUUCACAAAGUCUAAGCGCAACAUGCAAGUGCUAAUAAUUAUUUUCUGCGUGUGCUUUGUGCCCUAUCAUCUGGUCAGACUGCCUUACGUAUUUAUCAAACCCCUGCUGCAUGACUGUUUAGCAGUCCAUGCAUUCUACAUUCUGAAGGAGCUGACCGUCCUGCUUGCAGCACUAAAUGCCUCCCUGGAUCCACUUAUUUACUUCUUGUUUUGCAGGGCCUUCAGAGCCCGGUUUAAUUUUAGGAGUUGCCAAACCUGUCCAUGAAUGAGGGCUAGAUGGUUUAUGUAUUAAUGUGCCUUUGUGAUGUGCUUCCCUAUUCUUUUGUUAUUGCCAGAGCAUAAGUAUCUUAACUUAAACAAUGUGGGUGCAAAAUGAGUGACAUUGCAGUGGAAAAUGAGAUGUUGCACUUAUGAAAAUGGGAUGUAACUAAAACACUGAUAAUAACCCUAAGCAAUUGUUUCCAUAAUGAAAAAUCUGAAUUGUAUAAGAUGAACUUUCGAAUGUGAUACAAUCUUUCAGAGAUCAUAAUGAUAUAUAUAGGGUACAAUGGGGCUUAAGGCAUCUUUGAUUUUAUUUUCCUCUAAACCACUAGAUGGCACAAAAACUUGCCGCAGCACUUUCCUAAACAUCCGCUUUUCAAAAUGCACUUGCAAAUUUGUCUGAUCCUUGACACGAUUGAGGGCAGCAACGCAAAGUUGAUUCUGAGGUAGUUUGAUCUAAUAUUUGUUUUUUGUUUUUUUUUUUUUUUUAAAUGUUUUUGAUUUAAGUAUCAAAUGAGAAUCGAUUAAAUUAAUGUUUUUGUAUUUUCAGAUAAAGGUCUUCUUAAUGACUUUCAGUUUUGUUAAAGGUAAUUCAAGCAACUGUUUAUAAAUAAUGGAAGAAUAUGUAAAAGUAUGGUAUUUGGGAUAAAAAGUGCACCUGCUGUUGGGGCAAAAGGCACAAUAAUUAACAUGAUAAUGAAAUUCUAGAUGACUUGUUGAUAUGACAUGUUUAGAUUCAGAUGGCGAAUAUCAUAUAUCAAAUGGGUGGGUAUCCAUCUUAGAUAUAAUACCCAUAGGCUAUUUAUAAUGAAACAAUCAUAUUUAAAAAUAUUAUAUUAAUUUUAUCAUAAUAAAAUAUUGUUUGUUACUACUGUAAAUCUAUAUUAAAUAUUAUGGGAUGUUUAGCUUCAAUGCUUUCAGGAUCUUUAAAGUAAUAUUUUUAUAUUAACAUAGGCCUAUUUUAAUGACAUUAUAUUUAUUGAACAAAAAUUAGUUUUUUAAUUUAUCAAAAUAAACAGAAAAUUGUACAAACUUGGCUAUAGUGAUUCUUUUGAACAAGUAUUAACAUAGACAUUAUUUUAGCUAAAGUAUUACUGUGUGCCUUUUACCCUACGCUGGGGACCCCCCUCACCACCUCAUACAUUUCUAAGAUUUUUAAACAAAAUUAACCACUUUUAUGAUUUAUUUUCACACAAAAUAUGUUGCUCCAUCAAUGUUCAAUACAAACAUAUAUAUAUUUUUCCUGUAAUCAUACACUAUGAGAGUAGUGAAAAUCACAUUUUUAAAAUCACCUUUAGCCCCGUUGUACCCUAUAGUUUUAGUAUCAACAAUGUUUUAGAUGUUUCUCCUAAAAUUCCAUAGGAGAAAUAAAAGUAGACACAUAUGAGACAUGAGAAAUAUCUGAAAGAAAAUGGGUCAAAGCUGAGAAUGUGGUGGAAGAAACAAUGAACAUCUCUUUAUUGUCUUGCUGUAAUAUUCUUUUCACGACUCCAUUAUAGGAUUAUUUUAUUGCUCAGAGGUUUUUCACCUUUAAUGGACAAGGCAGUAGGAGGAGAGACAGGAAAGUACCUUCAGCUGGUACUUGAACUUGUACUGUCUGAGGUGCAGUUGUGCCUUGAUGUCUGUGUGUUGCCCAGAAGGCUAUGGUUCUGACAGAGUUUAGUCUAAGCUCAGGAUACUAAGAGGUAAUUAUUUUAUGUCUCAUUUAGGUAUCAUCUUUAUCUUUCACCUUCAAGGUAGCCCAGCACUGUAUAUGCAGCACAUUAGAAAGGAUUAGAUAUGUUUAAGAUGUUUAGCAUAACAUAAAUACUUUCUUUUUAACAAAUGUAACACUA